CACUUUUUUUUUUUUUUUAGCAACGAUGGCUUCUGAACCACAGACCCCUGCACAGACAAUUGACUACAACUUUGCCCGUGAGGAACUGAUGCUGAAUGAACUUAGCAAUGACCCAAUACAGACUGCCAUCGCUCGACUUGAAAAACAACACGAGGAAGACAAGCAAGUUGCAUUGGAGAAACAACGUCAAGAAUAUGAGCGACAGUUCCAGCAGUUGCGUAAUAUUCUCUCGCCAUCUACACCUUACUCGCCCUAUGUGCCAUUUGAUCCAUUUCGGCUGGGAAAGAUUACGCCCUGCACACCCACCACACAGAUGAGAGUGGAGAAAUGGGCUCAGGAGAGAGAUGAGAUGUUCAAAAGGAGUUUGGGUCAGUUGAAAGCUGACAUUCUUCGAGCGAAUGCUUUAGUUCAAGAAGCAAACUUCUUGGCUGAAGAAAUGGGAAGACAAACAACUUUCAGUGUAACGCUGCAAAUACCUCCUGCUAACCUCAGUCCCAAUCGCAAGCGUGGAGCAUUUGUGAGUGAACCUGCAAUAUUAGUGAAACGGAAGGGUCUGGCAAGUCAGGUGUGGUCAAUGGAAAAGCUGGAGAACAAGUUAAUAGACAUGCGUGACCUCUACGAAGAGAAGGAAGAGAAGAAUGUUCCGCUCACGGAUGAAGCCCCUCAGAAGAGUGUAGAUCCCUUCUAUGAGUCUCAGGAGAACCAUAAUCUCAUUGGUGUUGCCAACAUAUUCCUUGAAGUUUUGUUCCAUGAUGUGCGGCUUGAUUAUCAUACACCCAUCAUCAGCCAGCAGGGGGAGGUAGCGGGAAGGUUACAGGUGGAGCUUAGUCGGGUGGCAGGCAGCUUUCCGCAGGACAGGAUGUGUGAGGCUGGAUCUGAUAGCUCAGGAGACAGUGGACGAGAAGAUGAUGAAUUAGCACAAGGUUCCAGUCAAGUUGUAAUCAGGGUGACAAUUAAACAAGCAACAGGCUUACCGCUCUCGCUCUCAAACUUUGUAUUCUGUCAGUAUUCAUUCUGGAACCAUCCAGAUAGUAUUGCAGUGCCACCUGUGGUUAAUCCAGAGUACCCGGUCACUUGCUCUUCUGGACGUGACUCUAUGACUUUCAAGUUUGAUCACUCGCAUGACUUCGAUGUUCCUGUAACAGAGGAAUUCUUGGAACACUGUUCUGAGGGAGCCCUCUCGAUUGAAGUGUGGGGUCAUCGCUGUGCAGGUUUUACCAGGUUAAAUGAAGGGUGGGAAGUUGAACAACAGCAACUAGCCAAGGCUCGGUCAUUAGCAGACAGAUGGAGUGAGCUUACUCGCAAAAUUCAGCUGUGGGUAGAGAUCCAAGAACUUAACGAGCAGGGCGAAUAUUCCGCCGUGGAAGUGACGACAAAACCUGAUAUCCUUACUGGAGGAAUUUAUCAGUUGAGACAAGGUCAGCAGAGAAGAAUUCAGGUUCGAGUGAAACCAGUACAAAAUUCAGGAACUCUUCCCAUUAUAUGUCAAUCCAUCGUUAGUAUUGCAGUUGGCAGUGUGUCCAUGAGGUCAAGAUUACAGAAACCACUGGAUUCUUACCAGGAGGAAGAUUUGGCUGUUCUGAGAGAAAAGUGGAGUGAUGCAUUGAUGAGGCGACGACAGUAUCUUGAUCAGCAGAUACAGAGGCUAAUCAACAAACAAGAUAAGUCGGAGCAAGAUUUGGAGCGAGAACAGAGCCUUGUGGAUCAGUGGGUGAGCCUUACAGAGGAGCGUAAUGCUGUUCUGGUUCCAUCUGCUGGCUCUGGCAUCCCUGGAGCACCUGCUGACUGGGAUCCCCCAUCAGGAAUGGAACCGCACGUACCAGUUUUAUUUCUUGAUCUCAAUGCUGAUGACCUGUCAACACAUCAAUCUGGUGAAGAAGUUUCAGUGACAGGGCUCAAUUCAAUCUUGCCUAAAGAGCACGGUAAUAAGUUCUACAAUUUGCCUAUUAUUAGGCACUUGGAGAAGGAUGUGUGUGCUGUGGCUGCGUGGGACUCCUCAAUACAUGACAGUAUCUACUUGAACAGGGUCACAGAAGCAAAUGAACGUGUGUACCUAAUAUUGAAGACCACAGUUCAUCUUUCCCAUCCAGCAACGAUGGAUCUUGUACUCAGAAAACGUUUAAGUCUCAACAUCUACAAGAGGCAGAGCAUCGCAGAUCGGAUUCGCCGGAAGAUCGUUAAGUCUGACUGCCUGAAUCAGUGUGGGGUUACUUACGAGGUUGUGUCCAACAUCCCAAAGGCAAGUGAAGAACUUGAGGACAGGGAGUCAUUGGCUCAGAUUGCAGCUUCUGGAGUUGACUCGUCGCUAAGCGAUGGGGAAACAUACAUAGAGAAAUAUACUCGUGGUGUCAGUGCUGUAGAGAGUAUUUUGACGCUAGACCGACUAAGGCAGAAUGUUGCCGUGAAGGAACUCUUACAGGCUCAGGGACAGCCUCUGAUGCGGAAAACAGCCAGUGUGCCGAACUUCUCACAGAUUAUGAGGUUUGACUCGUCACUUGAUAUAGGAGUUGUACGGUCAGAGAGCGCAACAGACCUUAAUUCUGAGUUGAUGAGUGGAUCUGGAUCGAGGGAAUCAAGAAGCAGACCGUCAACUGCACCUGGUUAUUGUAAAGUUCCUGGUGACGGAGACCACAUCUCACCAUCUCCAAAACCAUUUGGCCUCGGCUCCAUUCUCUCAGCUCGUCCUACUUUCCUCAAUCUGAACUUGAAUCUGAAUUCACUUCGUCAGCAGCCAGCUGGGCCCAAACCAUCUCCAAACAUUGCGGUCUCAAAAUUGGGUCUGCGAAUGACAACACUGCACGAAGAGCAGAGCAGCAGUAGUUCUCAUUCUGGCCUUGAGAUGUCACCCCUGAUGCAAGAAAAGGAACCAUGCAAUAAUGGAGAGGACCAUCCUUCAGGAAUAGUGGGCAAUGUAAAAUCAAAUGGAACCAAUAAUAUCUCCUCUGGUAAAGUGGAUGCUGAUGGAACCCACAGUGAUCCAGAGUUCUCUGAAUUUGAGUCCUAUCAGGGCGAAUGUUCCCAGUCAAAGCAAAAUCAGUUGGUGAAAACAAUGCUCCCAAGCUCACGAACUCUGGAUUCUUUAUGUGAACUUCAGGCGACAAAGAUGGGGACUCCAAGUACAACCUCAAGUGGUUAUGGGUCACAGGCUGUGUCAAGUACAAAUCUGUCUAGUGAAGAUUCGAUAUCAAUUCGAAGCAUCAGUGUAGAUGAAACUCCAGAUAUAGAAAGUCGGGUAGUGAUGCUUGUGGAACAGCUCCAGCCAGUUUCUGAAAUAAGUGACUAUUUGGGAGAAAAAGAUAGCGAUACUACAGAUGAAUCAGAUCGGAAACAUUCAGAGAGCGAAGGGAUGAGCGCAGCUGUUAAGAAUGAAACCCGACUCAAGUGCGUUGCUCAGGAAACAGCAACCCAAAAGUCCAUUGAGAUGAUGGAGAAGGAAAGGAAUCUAGAUAUAACAGGACAGCCAUUGCUUAUGCAAAACACUACAUUACAAGAAGAAAAACAAGAUUCAGCUUUGUCUGUGCUAGACAAGAAUUCUCUAAGUUUGGAAUUAACAAAUAGUCAUACAGGCAAUUUAGAAAAUAUAAAUGAUUCCAGUCUGAAUGACAGUAUAGGCAUUGUGGAAUACUCCUCAGUGCCACAGUCUAUGAAUGACAAUUGUAAUGAGGCAGAACAGACUGUUGAAGAUGCAUUACAACAUGCAUCUGCUGGACAAAACUGUGGUAUCUCCAUGACUGAGAGUCCUGUGUCUGACAGUCAGUCUGAAGCUUCCAGGAUAGCUGCAUAUGACAGCACAGUUAUGUCACCAUUUCAAGAGACGCAGAUCCUCGCAGAGACUGAACCUACGAGUAUGUACAGCAAGGUCAUUUCAUCCCCUGGGCUUGCCAGCACUUCGGUUAUAAACUCAGGUGAUGAUGAGUCACCGUGUGAAGGAACAUCAGUUGUUCACACACACUUGCCUCCAGGCAAGGUGGUGCGUCGGCGUAAAGCUGCAAGUAAGGGCCAUACUUCAAGUCAACAGCGGGCAUCAUUUCCAAUGGCACGACCUCAUGUAUCAGAGAGCAAAGCUGCUUUCAAGUUGGAGCAGAGGAUUCAUAGCUCCAACCUUAUUGAACAUAACGGAGUUUCAAGUUCUCAGGAUUCAUCCAGUGAGAGGCUUGGCAAUGGAGAUGAAGGAGACAGCAAUAAUUUAUUUGGUUCUCGACGAGAUCUGCACCGCCUGGCUGACACACCUGUUCCUGACUGGGUCGUGCUUGGUGAGAGUGUUCUUAUCCGGCCAUAUAAUUCAUCCGGCGUCGUCGCCUACAUUGGUGACACAUACUUUUCUGGUGGUACCUGGGUUGGUGUAGAGCUCGAUGCACCAACAGGUAAAAAUGAUGGGUCGGUGCAGAGUGUACGCUACUUCACAUGCCGACCCAAGUGUGGGAUUUUUGUGCGCGCAGAUAAGCUGAUUCAAGACCGACGGGGUCGAGCCAUGCGUGUUGGCAACAGUCGGCAAUCAGAGGGUGGCACUAUGAAGAGAAGCAGUAGCAGAGGGGAAGGUCUGUCUACACUUCAUCGGUCCCGCAGCCGAGGAGAGGGAAUCAGUUCUAUCGGAACAAAGUCAUUACCAAGGAAUAAAUAAAAUUUGGUGUGAUGAGAAGGUGUUAUUACUAGUUAAUGAGCAGAUCCUGCUUGGGCUCUGGCCUUACUGCUUCAGUCUGAUGGGGGCAACCUACCAACCAGUCAGCAGCCAGCUCACCGUCACCUCCUGUUGGUCAGACCCGCCAUAUGCACAGAUUAGGUUAGGAUAGAUUUGAGUAUUGUCACAUAGAUGAAGGCUUCAUAAAGAAAUCACGAGUAAGUAGUUUGAGGUAAAUUAAUGUAUUUGCGUAUUUCUUUUUCUCUGUAUUGUUUCUUUAUUUGCAUCUUUUAAGGGGUGUAUAUUUUAUGAACUUCAGGAAGUUUAAAUAUCAAUAGAUGUUAGUGUUUCUGUAAUGAAGCUUAUUUAUUUUCAAAUUACUUUAUGUACAUAUUGAAUUUAUUUCUGAUACCUCAAAAUGCUUAUUUGUGUGUGUGUGUGUGUGUGUAGGUUAAUUGAAAAUGUAAUAUAUAUUUCUAUUUUAUUCAUGUUCUCGAAAAUGGAAUCAGUUUCCAUUAAUUGCAUCUUCAUACAAAUGGCAACAUUUUAUAAUGAAAGUUCUUCAUAGAAUAAGGCAGUCAUUUUGUCUUGAAUGAGAGAAAACGAGAAGUAAACUCAAAAUGGUUGUCAUUGUAAUUUUUCCCUCCAUAAAUGAAAUUUGUGCAGCUAAGAAAGAUAUUAUUGUUGGUUUCAAUUUUGCCCAUUGGCAUUUUAUAGUACGUUGCUUUUAUACGUAUGAGGAAGGCUAAUGGUGAGUUUGUCAUAUUUUCACAUGACAAAAAUUAUGAGCCUCAAAUAUUGCAUUAUUACAUUCUAGGAAGAAUGUACUAUUUUUCUCGAAAAAUUGCGAACAUCCUAUGUAUUUAGGAUUUGAGACUUUCGCGGCCAAGAAGAUUUUAUUGAUCCUCUGUAUUUGUUAUAUUUUUCUUGUGCAGUGAAUAUCAGAAUGUCUUGUUCAUAAAUAGUUUUUGUUGAAACCAGAAACUUCAUUGUUUAAACAAUAAUCGUAAUUUGUCUCAUGGCACUGUAUUUCACUAUAAUUUCUGCAAUUCAGUAUAGAAGGUUAUAUGCAUUAUCAUACCAACCAGCAAUAUCGGACUAGCUCGACUAAUAUCUUUUGAAGGUUGUUGAGCAUUGAUUUAAUUAUUGCAGAUAAUUUUAUUACUGCAUAAGUGACACAGUGCUAAAGCAGUUGUGAAAUUAAUUUUAGUCUUGUGUUUCAUUUGUUUAUAAAGUACUGAUUAGUGCCAGAAGCUUACUGGUAGUGUGAAAAAUUGAAAAUUGCAAUUUAGUAUUUUUUUUUUCCAAAUGAAUGUUAGAGGCAAACUAUAUAAAUACUUCAAGUUGAAUGUCUAGUCUUAUCUUGAUAUUUUGUGAAUGCACCAAUUUAUUAAAAUGGAAUGGUAAUGUAGGAUUGUACACGUAUUUAUCUCUAAUUUCAUCAUCGCAGUUUUUUUAACUCUCUAACAGAGAAGAAAUUUAUACGUGUAGUGAGAGAAUACUAUUCGCAGAGUGAAGACAGAUUUACAAAAACAUAAUAAUUGAUUUUUUUUCCACAGUGGCUUAAUUGAUUAAUAUUUUCUUCAUUCUUUCUUGAUUUUUAAUAGUGAAGUGGAUGUUCAGUAGAUUGACAGUGUAAAGAUUUUAAGAAGGUAAUCAUACAACAUUCAUAUAGGAUUUGAGACUUUCGUGGCGAUUACAAUCAAUAAAAUCUUCUCGGGCAAUCAGCCGCGUUAGCCGGUUACUGUAGUAAACCGACGUUUCGGGAACAAACUCUGUCCCCAUCUUCAGGGUUCUGAUGUGACUGGAUCCUCGGAAGUCGCCUGUGUAACUGCCUGCUCGGGACCAGUGCACGCACAUGUCCGGACCCAGGCCCAAGGCCCCCUGGCUCCUUGGGCCUGGGUUUACUACGGUAACCAGCUAACGUGGCUGAUUGCCCGAGAAGAUUUUAUUGAACAUUCUGUUAUGUUUGUAUUACGAAGUCAUACAGAUCUGUCAAUAGUCACGUAGUAAUUUUUCAUACUAGCAUACUUUGUAUGUGCAUUUAUUUUAUACAUUCCAUUUUUAAACUAAGUUUUAUAUUUCAAACAAUUUUAUAUAAUUACCAAAUUAAACAGAGUAACAUUAUAUUCAUCAUUCUGGGUAUAUUGAUACGUAAAUACGUAGAUGGACUAGGUGAGGAAAGUGUUCUGUUACAAAUUAGCAAAGAGCUGUGAAGGUAUAUGAUUGAUUUUCUGAUCAUAUUAGCCCUUUCAUCUUCAUGAUACAACAGAAUGGAUGUUAAGUAUAGAGCAAUUCUUCCCCAUUGGUAACUGUUAUAAAUGAUAUGCAUAUUUCUUUGCCUCUAAAACACUCAUUAAAAUAAUGACAUAUUCCAUUAUUAGGUACCUUAAUAUUUUGAUUGUUCAGUCAUAUGAGUGCCUGAUCAUAUAAAUAAGCUGUCACUCUUGGCAGCUACUUGUGACCGGUGAACAUAACAUCUACACUCUCCCGCACCCUCAUCAUCUAAUGAAAAUUCUCUCAAGAAACAUCACUUCUAAUGAGGCAAAAGAUAAGUUUUUCAUUACUAUGCAU